AUGGAUUUAAAUGGGAUUAAAGAAGAUUUUUCUUAUUCAGCUGCUAUGAAAAUCUGCUUGAAAGAUGAUCUAAUAAAGAAAAUCACGAUAGGUAGUAGUUACAGGUUUACGGGCAUAAUCGUAAAUGCAAUCUCUACUUUUAAUAAGAAGUUAUUGUUAGAACCGAUGUUUGAGGUUUGUAACAAAACUGUAUCAGUACCUCCGCGUACUUUGUGUGACCCUUAUUCAAAUAUCUGGAAACUUCAAAAAGAAUAUAACAAUUCACCAUGGAGGUUAUCUGCUAAACUGUCCUUGGACUUUGGAGUCGAUGUCGCGCCAAGUGGAAGUUACUUCUUGUUAAAGCUCGGAAUAUUGCUCAGUAUAGUUGCAAGCAGAAGUGAUCACCGCUGGUCUAAAAAUAUUUCUUACAGUAAAACAAAAUUACACAUUUUAACUGUCAGUGAAAAUUCUUUGGCCAUUGAGAGACUUUUUAAACUUGGGAGUCUACUUGGUGAGAGAGCAGUUUAUAAGACAACCAAUACAGAGCUAAUUGCAGAUUUUUCCACCACCUGGCAUAAUCAUCAUAAUCACUGGGUCUACGGGGCUGGCGCACUUGCAUUAGCAGAUUCAGGUAUUUGCUUGAUAUAUGACUUAAACUUUCAAAGAAAGGAAGACAAAGAAGCCUUAUGGAAAGUGAUGGAAGAUUCAUCAAUCGCUGUCGAGAUUCCACGAAAGUAUAAAGGAGAAUGUCUUACUGAUAAGCAAACACACAUUCUUUACCCUUUAGCUUGCACAGUUUGGUCUAGUUCAGCAAAUAGAUUAAUUGGAAUAUCAGAAUCCUUAGUCAGAUGCAAUUUGGCUGUCGCUCACGCAAAGCUGUGUCUCAGAAAAAUAGUUUGCAAAGAGGACGUUAUAUUAGCCAUAUGGCUAAAUGAAGAGACCAUCUUAUCGAUGUAUGGACAAUCAGAUUUGAUGUUAUCUAGCAACUGUUAUACUACAACUAAUACGAUAGUCGAUACGCAAGAAAUUUGGCUUCAACAGUUUAGCGUUCACCUAUCAACCUUUUUGGCUAAUUUCAAUUCAUGA